AAAUCAAGUAAAAAAGAUCUAGACACUGGACCGGUUUGAUUUAAAAUGGUCGGACUCGGACCGUCCGAGAGUUCUGUUCUUUCGAUCAUCAGACCCAAAAGAAGAACGCAACAUACGAAGUCUUUGAGGAAAACAGUCGAACGGUUGGUGUGCGAGCGGUCGAAGAAAGAAUGUCAGGUCUGAUUCUGAGAAUGUCUUCUCUCGGCCGUGCCCUGAGACAAAGGAGGAGCUUUUCUUCUUCUUCGGUGUAUUUGGCUGUGGGAAAUAGGUUUAAGGAAGUUUUGGACGAUGGUAGUGAGAUAAGAGAUGCGCCCUUCUUUGAUCCGGCCAAGGAAGAGGUGAUUACUGUCCCCGGCAAAGUCUCUUCUUCUGCUGGUGAAGACUCUUCCUUCUCUUCUUCCUUGACAUACACGUCUCCCUACCUCAUCUUUGGCCCUGGUGAAGAGUCUGGAACUCUCUUCUUUUUCAAUAUAUGUUACUCCGAGUUCAUGCAAUCAAAAAAGAAAGUGCCUUCUGAGUUGUUUGAACCAAGGAGAAUAAUCGGAGCAGCUCAUGGGUGGGUCGCUACGUUAAACAACGGGGUCUUUUCUCUCCAAGAUGAUCUAAAUCUGUACACAUUGGACCCAAACCCAAAACAGAUCUCAAUGCCUCCUCUUGUAACUUUGCCUGGCUGCCAGACCCAAGUGGUCACUAACGUGUCCAUGUCCUCUUCUUCUCCAGAGGAUGACGAUUGUAUUGUGGCGGUCAAGUUCUCAGGACCUCAACUAAGCCUAUGCAGACCUGCUCAUGACUCCAGCUGGACCAACAUCAGAAUCACAGACCCCAUGUUCUUCACUUCUCGUGUCAUGUUUUCAACGAGAAACCAGAUGUUUACCUUGCUCGCUUCUGGAGGCCACCACACAGGAUCUUGGGAUCUCCACAAGCACAAGCUGCAGAAGUUGCAUUUUCAGGACUUUCCCUUCACAAAGACGAGAGCUGACAUCAUUGAUUCAACUUACUGUACCCAACACUUGGUUGAGACAUCAGGUGGCGAAGCCUUUCUGGUCAAGUGGUAUGUGCAUAGCACCAAAGAUGAUGCAAGGAAUGUGAAAACGAGAGGGUUAAUGGUAUUCAAGAUAGACCAAGACGGUAAUGCAGUUUUCACACAAGACAUAGGAGAUCUCAACAUUUUCAUAUCAAAAGCUGAGCCUUUCUGUCUCUCUGCUAGCUCCUACCCUGGCCUCGACCCUAACGAGGUCUACUUCGUCGAUUAUGAUGAGAUUGGAGUAAUCGAUCCCUCUGAGCCUACCAACACCUCAACUGUCAAUCCAGCUCUCACAAGCGCACCUUACUUUUUUCCUCCUCAAAAAGUAGACAGCGGUCUGGAUUUUGGUAUUGAGCGUGCUGCUCUUUUCAACUAAAAAACGAGGUCUGGAUCUUCUUCUUUUUUCUCUUCUCUACUCUAAUAUCAGUUAUGUAAUGGUAUUGUUACUUAAUUAUAUUAGCUAGUUCCUAACAACGUAAGUUAGCUUCAUCUCCUAAACCUUGUUUUCUCAUGUGUAAUCCCCAAUGCCUUACUCUUUGAACUGUGUUGAAUUAUGUUGUUGUUUAUCCCAAAUUACUUGCUCGUAA